AUGCAAAUAAUCGGUAUACUCGGAUACAUUUUUUUUGCCAAAUCGUGCGUGACCUUCGCGACCGAGGCACAAUCCUUCGAUCCGAUGAGAGAUCCCACAGCGUCAUCGCAAGCUGCAAUUUUCAGCGAGAUCGCUUAUCGUGAUAAACGGGCGAGCAAGGCCGAACCAACCUGCGAAGAACUACGAGCAAUGUGGAUAUACAGCAAACGUCAGAGUCGAGCAGCGGAGACGACCAAUGAUUUACCCAUGUACCGAGAUCCUUUCGCUCAUAAUAUUUGGGACACUUAUCCAGUAAGAUCAUCCAAUUCGUUUGGAUAUCGAGAUCAUGGAAGUAGUCAAGCACGCAGUCGGGGUGCUGGCGUGGGCGUUGUUUAUGGAAAAAUCGUCCACAAAGCCCCGGUUGGGAGUAGAUUACGGAACGGCAUGCCAAAUCGAAUGAAACCUUUCGAAGAAGUGUCUCGUCUUUAUGGAACAAUUAAUCGUCACAUGCCCGACCCUCGACGUCGACAAACGAAUUUCCGUGUAGGCGGCGGGGGAGGACCCUCCAUGUCAGAAGUACCACAAGCCGGGAGCUUUCAGCACUUGAAAGAGCUCAUACGUACCGAACGAGCUCGUGAACUCCAGGAACAACGGGACGCGGAGGAAAUGGCAGCGCGAGCAGCUGUCCUCAAAGAAAUAGCAAACGGUGAGAGACGCAUAUCACAAGAAUCACGGAGACAAUUUUUAAACUCGAUACAACCAUAUCCUGAACCAAAAAGUGUCAAUUACGGUUAUGGCCAGUCGCAAUACGUCUCCGGCUUGACUAAUCUCGACGGUGGAUUAUUGCAAACCGGUGAUAAAUACAACCGCGAUACGAUGCUGCAUAAAUGAACCGAAACUCGUGAAAAAUAACUAAUCAAGAAUUUUGAGGGAGACGGUGUGACUGAUGAACUGCCGAACGUGUGAACAUUCUACAAUCUCCGUCAAGUCAACGACUAAAGAACACAAACAGACAAAAUUAAAACAAUUAAAGAAACAAAAAAACCAACCCGAACAAGAGAAAAUUGAGAAAAUAAGAUUUAUUCACAUUUGCUGAUUGCUGCAUAUAAAGUAGCUCGCGAGUUUAGUAAAUCCGGCGAAAAACAAAAAAUAACAAUUAUAGACUCACAAAAAUUCGGGGGUGGAAGAAAAAUGCGGGCUCCAAGUAGGUAUAACAACAAAAUUGAGCAGAAAGGAAAUAAGGGCAAACUUAUUAAUAUCAUCGUUAUCAUAUCUCAAUAGCCCUACUCUUCACCCCGCACUUAUAUCCGUAGAAUCUUAUUCUAUUAAUCUGACUACCGCUAUUAUAUAGUAUUAAAAGGUAUUCAACCAGCACCGAGAAGAAAGAACAAGAGAAAAUGAGAAUCCAUGGAUAGAGAGAAAGAGAGGGCGAGAGUGAUUAAUCGUUGCCAAAGAUUAUCGAGAUAAGAGCGUCAAAGCAAGAUCAUAUACGCUUCGCCUCUACAUACACGCAUAUACGUAUAUCUUCUCGUAUGCUCAUGAUAAAUUGAAAAUGAGGAGCUCGAAUGAAUAACCAAUCGUGCAAAGUUAUUUUUAAUUUUAUUAAGGAAAAUAUGAAGGAGCAGUGAAAUCGACGAACAAAUAAUUUUGUAGUUCCAUUUGAACUUGAAGAAUGUUGAAUUCUCUCUCUCCAAGUGCGAUUUUACACUUCGCGUUACGAAGCAAUAUUUUCUAUUAACGGAGAUGCUUCCACGACGUCCUUUGUGAAAAAAAUCUUUUUUACUCUUCAACUCCAAAACAUAGUUAAUAUUAUUUUUAUGAAAAGUGCCGACGUGGCUCCACGCCGCAAUGACAAUAGUAUUUCACGCGAAAUCGUUUUCGCGUAUAUUGGAGAAGGAAAAGUAGUGUCGUACUCGCUCCAUCUUCGCUAUUCAACAGCGCCAAGUUUGAUUGAAAAAAGAGGGAAAAGAGGAGGAGGAGGAAAGUGGGGCGGGGGGAGUAUCUCGAACAAUGCAUCAAUAUACAAUAAAGGAAUACUUACAAAUGGUCCUUCACCCGACACUUCGAUGAAGGACUUUUAAGUUCGAUAACAGACGUACGGCUAUACAUAUAUCUAACUAAUUUUACUCUGAAAUAACUUAGUAUAUACUCGUUUUCGAAUAAGUUAGUCAUCCAACCGAGAAAUAUUGAUAUCAUGGCAAACUUUUUAUGUACACUACAAAAACGAUCAAUUGUGUGUUAAAAUAUUCGACUCGUCGCGGAUACUACAUUUUCUUUUGCCAUCAUGAAUUGAAAAAAUUUGAACGAAACUAUUUGAAUUUUGAUUUAUCGAGCAUCCUUGUUAGGCUUGUCAUAUACAAGCAAGUAAUCAAGUUUAAAUAACGCGUCGCGAAGAUAAAUUAUUGAUAUUCGAUCUUGAUGUUUUUUGAGAAGGUCGAGAAGAAGGGUUGUUGCAUGCAUUGUCACGUGUGAAUAAGAUGCUGCUGCUCUGCUGCAAAUUCGAAUCAAAGAUAAGUAAACGUCAUUUUAAUUCAAUUUAGUCAAUUUAAUUUCCCAUAUGUGCAGAAUUUUCGCAAAUAUGCGAAUGACUUUUCUCUUUAACGCAAAAAAUUGAAUGAAAUUCGAUAAGGUUUCACGCGUAUUUUUCAUUUUCACCAGCGAAUCAAUUAAUAACUCAAAAAUUCAUUUUUUUU